AUGGCUCGGUUGCUCACCCUCCCUGGAAAACUACGCUCCAGACGCUCGAUCAAGCGAAUCUUCAUCGUCUCCUCCUGGCUGUUUGUCCUGCAUGAACUGUACAGCUUCCUCACUCACCAUCGCUCAACUCUCCCCUUCAUCAAUCCCUCUCAGCAAUCUCUCGAAUCAGAUUACAUCCUACCACCUCAUCCGAUCCAAACUCGACUCGAAUCGGCUCGUCAACGAUGGAAGGAUAAACUGAAUUCUCAAUCUGUCGAUUACGCCCAAUUCAAAGCAAAAUAUCGUAAAAAAUAUAACUUGGAACCCCCUGAAGGAAUGCGAGAGUGGUUCAAGAUCGUAUCCGCAGAUGGUGUACUUUUGGUAGAUGAAUUUGAUAGUCUGAUGGCUAGCCUGAAACCUUUCAGAAUCAUGAGUCCCGAGGAACUUCAUCGACGAACUUUGGAGGUUGCAGCCAUGCCUACGUUCUCCUUGCUGAAUAUAACCGAUGCACAUGCUCAUUUUUACGGCCAAAACUAUCGAGAUGACUUUGCUCACUAUAGCCGUGAAAACUAUGGGCCUGGUAUCGAGCGAGUCGAGGGGUUGGCCUCCAUGAUGCAACGUCACAUUCACCGCGUUCCCAAUGGACUUAUAUUUGCUGUCUCCGAAUUGGCAGAGCCCCGAGUGAUUGUCCCAUGGCAAGACCACCCAACAACGAUCGAAUCCUUUGAACUAGAGACUCUGUCGAUGCACAAGAAAGAUUAUAGUCAACAGCUCAAGCCAAUCGAAAUGAAGAAACUAUUGCCCAGCCCUGCGUUUGGCGACUCUGGCAACACCUGGGAGCUUUAUGCAAAGUCUUGUCCUCCUGAGAGUUCAGCUCGCAAGAAGCUUCUAAGUCUCACUCCCGACAACGCCCCAGCUCAACACAGGGAUCACUUCGUAGACCAUCACAAUGACCCAAUUCAUGUCAAACGGGGCAAGUUGAAAACAGGUCUCAAGAAACGACGCUCCCCCGGCAACCUCACACGCUCAUCUCUCGAAAUCCCUGACAGCGGUGCCAAUGAUGGCCCUCCCAAAGGUUUCCCAACGGCAACUCUACUUCAGGAAUCGGAUGAAUUCAAGUUUGUUGAAGUCGGCAAGGCUGGUCUGUCCCAUGAAGAACUUUGCUCAAACUCUGAGCUACACGAAAACCAAGGUGCAUUCUACAGUGAUUGGAGAAGUUUACCUGCCCUCUACCCGGUAUUCAGUCCUUCAAAGAUUGACGGAUUCUCAGACAUCUUAAUUCCUUCAAAUUUCUACUAUGGUGAUGAUGCAAGAUAUACGUUCCAGCGAAACGAAACGAUUCCUUGGGAACAGAAAAAGAGCAAUUUAUUUUGGCGUGGUGAAACGACUGGUGGCGGUAAUUCUCCGCCUGGACAUCAGUUACAGUACCAGCGACAUCGAUUUGUAAGGCUGGCAGGAAGGGUUUCAGACGUUUUAAAAAGUUUGCUAGUUGCUGAUCCUCGAAGCGGUAUGAUUCGACACAUCAAACGUACGAUCACCGAGUUGAAUCAAGCAUGGCUCGACAUUGGAUUCACGGGUUACACUGGGUGUGGUGAUCCAAAAAUUUGCAUUCUCACCGAACAGCUCUGUCCACUCAAGAAAACGGUUCCGUUGAAAGAGAUGGCUAAAUACAAAGCUAUUUUGGAUCUAGACGGGAUGGCUUUCUCCGGUCGAUUUGUGGCCCUGAUGAAUAUGGGCAGUGGAGUGUUCAAAUCUUCAAUUUAUAAAGACGCGUUGACCGAGUGGAUAGAGCCAUGGGUUCAUUACAUCCCCAUAGGCGGAGAAUAUUCAGAACUGUAUAACCUAUUGGCGUACUUCUUACCACUAGACGACAAGGAAGAACAAACGAAAUCAAAGAAGAAUUGGGUUAGGAGACUAUGGGAUACGACUCUACAUAAAAAAGCCGAGGGAGAUGAACAGCUAAGACAGAUUGCUGAAGAUGGUUUGAAGUGGAGUGAGAAUGUUGGGAAUAAGCAGGAUAUCGAAGCCUAUGUUUACAGGCUAUCCUUAGAGUGGGGUAGGAUGAUGGGUAAGAUUGGGGAUGAAGAAGUCGAUCCAGAUGAGGAAGUAGAGAAUGAUCCCAGUACGAUCUUUGAUUCACUCGGCCCCUCUCAGCGUUACUUAGCUCCUGACAGUAAAGAUAAUUGA